AGGCGUCUCCGUGUCCGCCAGCCUCCCUCCGAUCGGCAGCGGCUCGGUUCCCGCGAGCGGUCCGGGGGAUGUUUCAGUAACGGCGGAGCGGAGCAGCGUGCGCGGCGGACAGUUGCACCGGGAGACGGAGAGCCCACAGUGACCGGAGCCACGCCGAGGGGAGCAGCGACCGCGGGAGGGGACCUGCAGGCCUGAGCACCAUGGAAGAGUUUAAAGUACAGACCGCCAAGCAUCCCGUCCCGAACAGCGCGCCCCUGCGGCCCCCCAGCGAGCACUCCAGAGAACGGGCCAAGCGCCUGUCCACCGACUCCAACGGGACGAGCGAGGGCGGAGCCGGGGCUAAAACGCCGGUGGAGCUGACGGCGCUGGAGGAGGCCUUCCGACGCUUCGCCAUCCACGGAGACACCCGCGCCACGGGCAAGGAGAUGCACGGCAAGAACUGGUCCAAGCUGUGCAAAGACUGCGGCGUCAUCGACGGCAAGAGCAUCACCCUCACCGACGUGGACAUAGUCUUCUCCAAAGUCAAGAACAAAUCCGGACGCACCAUCACGUACAGCCAGUUCAGAGAGGCCCUGUCCGAGCUGGCCAGGAAGCGCUUUAAAGAUAAGUCCGGCGAGGAGGCGGCAGAGGAGGUUUUCAAGAUGAUAGAAGGGAAAUCGCCAGUUAUAGCAGGAGUCACGAGGGCCGUGGCGUCGCCCACUGUGUCGCGGCUGACGGACACCUCCAAGUUCACGGGUUCCCACAAGGAGCGCUUCGACGAGACGGGCCGCGGGAAGGGCAAGGCCGGCCGGGUGGACAUGGUGGACACCUCCGGCUACGUCUCCGGAUACAAACACGCCGGAUCUUACGAGAAAAAAACCCAACCCAAACCCCAAGCUAAGCCCAUGUGAGGAUCGGCCGCCUCGCGAACGAACACAAGAGGAGAAAUAAGCACAACAGGAUUAGUAUUUUCCGUAUUUCCCGUCGAGGGUAUGUUCAUAUCCGUUCUCUUUUUCUGUGAAUGAGAUCAGUUUUCUGUUCCUUUUCCUCUUUGCUGUCUGAGAACUGGAACACUGUUUACAGAGCCGCCGCCAGCUGGUACAUUCCUGACCCGCUCCAACAUCCUCUCCCAACUCCAGUGAGGCUAAAAUCUCAGAGUGGCAGAACAAAAACCAGAAAAGAAAUCGAGUUUGAAGCUCAAAAAAAGCAAAAAAAGGUCUUAAAAAUUGCUGCCAAGACGAUUCCAAGAACGGUGCCAAGAUUUAUAAACACCAACACUAAGCACAAAACUAAACGUGUCCGCAGUAUCACAUGUUCUAUUCAUAGUGAUGAUCUGUGAUGUGGUGAUGUAUUUGGAAUGAAGACAUUAGCAAUUAGCAUUUUGUGGCCUAUAAUAGUCUGCAGUUUGUAAACUCUUAAAGAAGUGAUUUGGUGAAAAAUCAUAUGAGCGUUAUUGAUCACUCACCCCAGAUACAGUCGAUCAGCCGAGACAUGUUUGGUAUUUGAAGGCUUGCUGCUUUAGUUUGUGACAGAAGAUGCUAGGCUAACGAUGCUACGCUAUGCUAACAUUUGCUGGACUUGUUAGACACCUGACACAGUCUCAUCCCCUAUGAACAUACCAACCAUACCAAUAUCCAAUAUAUACCAAAUGUAUCUCUCAAAACCCUUUUAGAUCCUCAUUUUUGACAAACUAUCAUGUUUAGACCAUGAUGUGAUUUACUUUAAGUCUAUAAACAUGAAAAUAAGCAACUUUUACCUAAUUAAUAACAAUAAUAACCAGAACAAUAUAUGGUUAUACAUAUAUAUAUAAUUUUGCACAAGACCACCAAAGACCUGGACAGACGGCAAUGGUAUAAAGUGUACCUUUAUAGGGAUGUGUUGAUGUAAAACACACCACUAGUGAUCUCAUUAUAAUGGAGUAGAUCUACACAAUAUAUUGUAUAUUGUUACUUUUUUGCAGUUUGAUUCAAAAAGGAAAAUUCACACUUUUUAUAACUUUUAUAAAAUAUCUACCAGAGACAUGUUAUAUCUGACAAAUAUAAUUUACAUUACUAGUUUUUGAUACACGUGCAGAUUUUCACUAAGGCUAGGUGCAGCAGCAUUAGCGGCAAACCACCAAUGCUAGCCACACUAGCGGCUAAUGCUAAUUCUGCUCCAGCAGUGCUAGCCAGGGUUAGCAGUAGUGCUACAGUCCGAUAAUACUCACCUCUGAAUGGUGAAAGAGCUAGUGUUCAGCGUGGUUAGCGGCUAAUGCUAAUGCUAAUGCUGCUCCGGUCUGGGUGCUGGAGAACUAAACUGAAUCUCCUGUAUAACUCUGUACUUCAGCAGAGUGACUUUACUGCUCCUUAAUACCUGACUGAUAGAAUUCAUACAUAAGGAGCACCGGAUUAUGAGGAGCUCUGAUGAUUUUUUGGAAAAUUAAAGUAUUUUAAGUGCAGCUUAUAGUGUGAAAAAUACGGUAUACAAUUAAGUAAAAUGUACAUUGUUGUUUUAGGUUAUAAAUAACUGACAGCACUUCUCCCAAAUUACAAAUAAAAAUGUCAUUUAGAGCAUUUAUUUAGAGAAAAUAAGAAAUGGUUGAGUUGAGAAAUUAAUGUAUUAUGGAAUAACCUUGAAACCCAUUGAAAACCUCUGGAAUAUAAUCAAGAUGGAUAAACAAAAGCCAUCAAACCAAAAUGAACUGCUUGAAUUUUUGUGACAGGAAGUUGUGAAGUUCUCCUAAAAUCAGUGUGCAAGACUGGUGGAGGAGAACAUGCCAAGACUUUUGAAAGCUAAUUUAUUCAUUCUAGAAACAGAUUGGUUUGGUGGGCUUUUUGGAUUAUGUGGAAAUUGCCUGCAUUAAAAGUACUGUUCCACAUACUCUGUGCAAUUACACAUUCUCACCAGAGAGGGCUCCAAAUCCCUCAAAUCAUUCAAUCUUACGGAUUGUUGCUUUAAAAAGGCAUGUUUGUUUUGCAGUAUUUUUAAACUAUGUAUUUAAUAAUAUGACUUAAUAUGAGCAGCAUUAGCCUAGCAUCUCUGUUCUAGUUUAAACUAAGGGUAAAUUGAAGAUACCCAGCAUGUCUUUGAUGGCUGAUCGACUGAAUCCUGGCUGAUGGAUAAUGAAUCAAUAACACUCAUCUGAUUUUUGGUUAAAUUUCCUGUAUUAAACUCAGUAAGGAAGGGUAUUUGGUUAUGAAAUAUGAGCUGUAAAGUUCACAGAUGAUUUGUUGGAUAUUUUACUUUUCGUUCAUGUUUAAUCCUGACCUUUAUACUUGUGUGUGUUUUACUGUGCAUCCCUCCCUGUGGUCGGAUUAGACGGAUUAGACUCGUGUACAUUUCUUCUCCAUGUUUCCUUUUUCUAAAGCAGAGCGACUUCACUGCAGACUAAAGCCCGGCUCUGAUCUGUUGCCAAAACCCAUCAGCUAAUUUAUUGAGCUUUAAAGAAUUCUACUGAUACUAAAUAUAUAUAAAUAUAUAUAUUCUUAUUGUGAAAUUUGUGCACAUUUAAUAACAGUAACAAAAUCUGACGGUUCGUAAGCGUAAAGCCGCCGCCGCUGAUUGAGAUUGUAUAGCGUGAUAUUUUGUCGAUGUUUUUAUCCAGUAUCUAGGGUCAAAAAUAUUUAUGGUGUAACUAUAUGUAUUUCUGAUGCUAACGCUUGGUGGCAUGAUAUUAAACACUGGCUGUCUUUUUUUUUGUUUUAUUUGAUUUGUUUUUUUUUUUUUUUGGAGAUAAGAGCAGCCGGAAGCAGGAAUUUACAACAGCAUUCCGAUCUUCCAUAGUUUUUCCGUACUUUUAAUCAGCUUAAUCAGUUCUGUCCAUAGUAUCCAGGUACAGCACGCUCUAAAACUAUGCACAGCCUAUUUUUAAACUCAGUUUUAGUCUGACUACUAAUGCACAAAAUUUACAGAAUCUCCUAGAAGUGAUUACACCCCUCAAAUUCCCGGUCAUGCCGCUUGCCAUCAGCUGCCGGAGCCCUGAGAGAGCACAAUAGGCCUUGCUCUCUCUGGGUGGGUACAGUACAGUAGAUGGCGCUCUUUCUUUCCCCUCAUCACUCCUAGGGUGAUGUUGAUCAGCACAAGUCUGCGUCUGUGAGCCGAUGUAUCAGAACAGAGUCGCUGCGCUUUCCUCCGAGCGUUAGCGCUACUCGGCAAAAAGUUUAAAAAGAGGUGGAGUCUGACUUCACAUGUAUCAGAGGAGGCAUGUGCUAGUCUUUACCCUCCUGGUGUUGGGGAUCACUAGUGAUUGGGGAUAUACAGCUGAGUAGCAGCUGAAUGGGUGAGACAGUUGGCCAAAUAAAUUGGGAGACAAUAGGAAAAGAAAUAAAAUAAUAAUCUAUGUAUAAAAAUAGAAAUUUGAUACAAGGGCUCUACUCACUUCUAGGAGAUACUGCAUAUCAAUGCUAGUAAUUUUGAGUCAUGAUAACACAUUUUGUGGAUGAAAUAUUGUCUUAAAAAUAAUAAGAGAUAAAUUAAGAUGUUAUUGCCAUUUUCAGACCCAUUUUGUGCCACUAAUAAUGUGAUAUUAUACUAAAGCUAAAUUCCACCAUGAACUUUUAACUGUCACAAAUAUUCAGACAUUGGAAUUGGAGUAUAACCAAGUAUCUUAAAAAAUAUAUCUUAAAUAAAUGAAUAAAAUCACUGUUUUCUUUAAAAAGUCAGUUUACUGGAGAAGAUGCAAGGAUAAGUUAAUAACAUAACUAUUGUGACUUCAAGCUUACCUAAAUAAAAAAAAAGUUAAUAUUAACUGAAUCAUAUGUUUUUGCAGAAUUAAAACUUCCAUAAUUUAUUUUAAAAUAGACACAGAUCUUCCUGAUAACCACAAAUAUCAGCAAUGAAAUUUUAUACAUUUAUACAUUUUAUACGUUUAUACGGAGGAAUAUUAAGUGUUAAGCGUAUUUGAGGUUUUACUCUGCUGUCAGGAGGCCAUGAGGUCAAAUCCCACGACUGAAAUGACAUCUAAUUAUCUGUAAUAUCGUCUCUUUUACCAGUAAAACCAGUGAGAACAUAAUAUUAUGAGUAGCAUCGUUAGCCUAGCAUUUCCUGUUAUAAACUACAAUUGGGGCCAAACCAAAAAUUGUUUUGGGUACAAAAAAAUAAAAUAAAAUUUAAAUAAAAUACAAUUUACAGCAGUCGAAAAAAAUAUAUAUAUAUUUUUAGAAGUUUUAUAGCACGGCACCAAAUCAAAUCCUUAUAAGAAGAAAAAAUAAUAAUAAGUGUUAACUAUUAUGGAGGACGAAAAAUGACAAAAAAAAUAUAUAUGUAUAUAAUACAUAAAUGCACAUAUAAAUAAAUAUAUACACAUAUAAAUAAUUGUGUAGAUUGUAAAUUACUUAAUUAAUACUUUUCUUUAUUUUACCAGUUCACCAAUCUUGCUUUAGGUCGAGAAUAGGACCGCCUACCUAAUUAACAUACAAAUACAAAAAUACAGCAAAUACAUGAAGAUAUGUGGAAAUAAAUAAAUGAAUUAAAAAAAAUAUAUGCAGAAAUAAAUAUAUCAAUAAAUGUAGAAAUGACUUAUCUAUACAAUUAUUUAUGCAUGUAUUUAUUUAUUUAUUCAUUAAUAUGUGCGUUUAUUUAUUUAUACCUACAUCAUAUUUUGUCCUCCAUAAACUGUUCACGAAGUGAUCAUCAGGAGUCAUAGAAUCAAAGCAAGAAAAAGAAAAAGAAAGGUUUUUUCUGGAAAAACUGAUUAUGUGACAUAUUUACUGAUACGACACGACAAUAGAAAAUCGAACAAACUUAAAAAUAAAAAUGUCCUCAAAAUAAAAAGUCAUUUUUUUUUAGCAAUUAUUUGCUACAGUUUAAAAGUGACAGUUUAAAGUGUUAUAGUUUUAUAUCAUGACAUUGAGAAAUCCAUAUAGAGGAAUAUUAGGUUUUAUAAUAACGUUUCUACAAAUAACCAGAUUAAAGCCUCAAACUUUUGUUAUUAAAUUAUUUUUUUGUGUAUUAUUUUAGAACAUAAGGGACUGUUUAAUAUCUCUAUUCUGUCGUAAAUGAUCUAUAGUUCUGACAGCUGGUCAGUUAUUAUUAGAUAUAUUAGUAAUUCUUCAAAAUCUUUAUUUAUGCUUCAUCAGGUGAUUGGGGUCAAAUCUCAAAAAUGUUUGAAAAUUCUUAGAAAUGCAAUAAAAAAUGUAAUUUAAUAGUUUGAUGGUCUAAUAGGUCUGUCAUAUAUAUAAAACAACAAAACCAGUGCUUUAGAUUUGAUAAAUUAUUAUUGAUUAUACAUUUUUGGGCAGUACUCGAUAAAUAAAAUAAUUGAGGUUGUUCAAAUAUAAUAAUUAUACGAUAAAUCGAUUUAAAUUUAAUUACCAUGAAAGGCUUAGUUACAUAUAAUACAUUUUUACUUUUAGAGAAUAUUAUGACAGACCUAUAUUUGGUAAAACCGACAACAAAUCUAUGUAGAGAAAAAUUACAAUUAUUAUUAUUAUUUAUUAUUUAUUUUUCCCUUCUGGUACAAUUUCCGUGUUUCAGUAUCAUCAGUAAUAUAGGAGUCAUUUUAUAUCACAGCACUUUUGCUACAUUUUUUUUUAAGUAUGUGCAAUUUUUCCAGCCUAAUGAACAAAUGUUUACAAGAAAAAAAGCACUUCAGCUAAAUAACCUGCAGUGUCCUCUUACUAAACCUCGCGCUCAGAGUGUUCCUCCCUCACCUUAGCGUUAGCCGCUAGCGUACAGAGUGACUUUUUAAUGCCAAAAAGUUUUAAGCAAAACAAAAUGUAAUCCGCAAACAAAAGCUUAGGAAUCAAAGGGAAAAAGUGUAUGUUGCAAAUUCAAGAAAAAUACAUGGCAAAUAUAUAUUUUUAAAUACACUUGGUUACUUCAGUAAUUUUGAAAAUUAUUUCAUUUUGUUGUGUUUUGUGAAUUUUCUGCAGAUUUUUUUGGAUUUUUCUGCUAAAUACUUCUGGAAUCUAGUUUUAGCAUUAACAAUUAAUAAACAAUAGUUUAUUAAUGGUUACUAAUUAGGUUGUAAAGGCCUUAAAAAUCAUUAAUAAUCAUUUAUAACUCAUACGUAGAAAGGGCAACAAUGACCUGUUGUUUGCCAAAUAGUGAACCCACAGCCGUCUAUACUGUUGCUCUUUCUACGUAUGUGUUAUAACUGAUUAUUAAUGAUUUUUAAGGCAUUUACAACCUAAUUAGUAACCAUUAAUAAACUAAUUGUAAACCAUUUAUAAACCCUUUAUAAAGGUAGUCUUAUUUUAAAGUGGUACCCAAAAGUCUUUGACAGAAAAAUCCACAGAAAAUCCACAAAAAUGAAAGCAAUUUUUUUUUUAUUACUGCAAAGGAUAAUACAGUAACCAAGUAUAUUUAAAAUAUAUAUUUGCUAUUUUUUCUCUUUUGAAUUUGCAACAUACACUUUUUCCCUUUGUUUCUAAACAUUUUGUUUGCUGAUUUAAUGUUUUUUUAGCACAAAAUUCACUCCAUACUAGUGCAACUUAGAUCAACUUAAACUACACAAAGCCAGCGAAACCCUUCAGCAGGUUUGUUGUGACGAGAUAACGAGCAUGUACAGAGACGUAUUCUUCUGCAGAAGGUCUAUUUUCAGAUGAAAGUGGCGCACUGUUCCUGUAGUUCCUGCUUAGGAAGUGACAUAUUUAUAUCAAACCGCGAGGAGGAGUAUUGUUGUUGUAUUUAACGAAUGACUUCUUUUAUUUUCUUCAUUUUUAUUUUAGUUUUUUUGUUGAUGUUUCUCGUGUGCUUUAAAAAUACUGCCAAAUACUGUAAUCCCUCUGUUUUUUUCGAGGAACAAAAUGUCGUCUUAUUUUAUUUUUCAUAUAACGUGUUUUUUUAACGUGUUACGAUGCCCUGCUGCAUGUUCAUGUGGUCGUGGUGAUGUUGGAGACCUUAACUUCGUCUGUGUUUUGUAGCGUCGUUCAGAAUAAAAGAAGAGAAAAAUAAAAAAUAAAAAAAGGAAGACAAAAGAAUGGGAAAAA